CGAUCCUGAAAAAUAUCAGGCGUAAGAACAGAGGGCACCAUUUAAAGUACUCGAUUCUUAUUCAACUGACAGUUGCCAAAUAUUCGGUCGGUGCCAACGAAAAUGUUUUUCGUCAACGAGCCAUUGUUUCAAUGAAAAUCAAUACCCAUUGGAAGGAGAUAUUCUCGUGCCAACAACGUUAAACACCGGACAGUCCUGUAUGGGAAAGAAUCGGUUAAGAGCGCAUAGUACUUCACUCGUUCCGUCUUCGUCAUUUCCGCGAACGAUUUCUUACUGUCCACCAAAACGAACGAAAAAUAUCACGAGUGCGCGGCUCGGUGUACUUUGAAAGUGGCGCAAAUUCGUGGGGAGGGUGGAGAAUAACAGUUCCCGUUUACCAGUGUCCAAUCACCGAUGAUUGCACGCGUUUCUUACAGUACGAAAGGAACAAUGGUGCCGAUGUUGUUAUUCCGAUUAUGGAAAAACGUGACGCAACGUUACUGAUUCCGCCAUCGGAUUCAAUUCAGGCGACACAGUUCAGGUGAUCGGAUUACGAGCGUCGCCGGUGAUCCUCGCAGACUGGCCGAGGACACCUUGUGCCCGUGGUUCAGCUUCGACGAGCUUAUGAGCUAUGAGGAGGACAACCGGCUGAAGACCGAGGACAGGGAGGAAGACGACGAGAAGGAGUACGAGGACCGCCUCGGGAUGUCUUCCGCUUCGACCAACAAGCUGCAGAUUUUGUGGGAUCACUUCAUUCACGCGGAGCCGCAGAGUUACGAGAAGUCAUCCUGGCUGGACGUGUUCCUCGCCGAGCUGCUCGCUCAAGUGAAAGAAGGCCGUGACGUGAAAGAUGCCCUAUCGUUUUGUUCGGUCGGCGGCGGAGGAGUAUCCACCUUGAUAGCCUGCGAGCUGCUCUCGGACGUGCACGAGCUCUGCGCGAAGAGGAUCGACGGGAACGAGCUGAUCGGGUUGCGGAGGUACCUGACCCAGGACCGUGGCUGGCGUUGCCUAUCGGUUCUCCAUCUGCUGGGCGUGCGAGGCUUGUCUUGCGGCCGCGAGCUGGUGGCUCUUCUGGUUGCCCUCUAUCCCGUCUCCCUUCAAGAAGAGGCUGGCAAGGCCGAUCAGAGGGCUCCGAACGGCGGCGCGGUUCCGUCGAGCGUCGAGUCGGCCGGCAAUCCUUAUGUGAAGUUUCACUCGAACGACGACACCGUCGACACGGUAGAGAUCGUGCCGCACGCGAAACGCAAGCCGAUCAAGUCCAGCCGGAACGCUUCCCACGAGGGCAAUGCUUCGUCCCGUAGGAGAACGGGUCGCAGACAAAGCAUCGGCGCGAAGGUGCCGGUCCACGGCAAGCAGAGGUCGUUCGGGAUGUUCGACACGCGGCGCAACACGCCGGAAACCGCGAGCAGCGAGUCCGAGCUGCUGACAGACGGCAUCGAUCAGGCGCGGUCCCUCACGCUGAAGAUCCGCCUGAACCCCAUGGACUUUGAGUACUUCACCUCCGUCGUCCGCAGCGACGAGGAGCAGAAAUGGCAGGCCGCUUUGUACGAGCUGCCCACCCGGCCGGCGAAGAAGACGCCCAAGGACUACAUCGACGAGAGGAUCAAGAGCGUGCUGGGCGCUAGGAUCAGCAAUUUCGAGACCAGUCUGUUGAUCAUUCAGUUGCUGCAGGGAUUACGGGGUUACGACACCCCCGCGGAGCAGACGCCGGCCGUGCAGGUACUGAAAUUCGCUUUGGACACGCUGUGGUCCCUGCAGUUCGGCAUAGACGGGGCUGGCUUGAACGGAACCGAAUGCGCUACUUUGAAAGCGGCCGCUGCCAGGCUCAUGCUGACCGCUUUGGAACGUGUACUGAGAGCCAACGAACCGACUACCACCGUGAUUCACAACGGACUGCUGCCGAUGACCCUGAGAUUGCUGGAGGACGCCUGCAGCAAACCGGUGAGCGUCUUCUCGCCGGAGGAAGGGUCGCUGCUGCAGGAGUUCAUCUUCGCUACCAUCUAUGGGAUCGUCACGUUCCUGUACUGCCUCCUUCAUCAGCAGGGCGCUGCUAUAGAGAAGCUGUCCGAUUUUUUAGAGCUGUUCCAAUUGUUCACCGAGAGCCAGGACGGCAAGCUCGUCGAGAGAACGAUCCUGGCGAUCGUCGAUCUGCCGAGCGUCGAUCCGGCCAGGUCCGUAAUCCGCGCCAGGAAGGUCAUUGAUAUGAUCGGCGCGCUAACCAGCGGCUUAAAGUCUGUGCGACGCGACAUUUCGCACGCGGCCAACUGCAGCCGGUCUAAACACAAGUUCUGCGCGAACAACCUGCCCAAUCAUCAUCACACCGACGUCUUCGGCGCGGCGUACGCUCAGCCUCUCGUCGGCAUUGUCACUAAGCAGGGUUGUUGCAUUUCGUCGUUGUUCAUGACGCUCACCAGUCUCCUCAGGGAGUCCCAUCCCUUCGCCACCGAGCUGCAGGUCCGGCUGAUCAAGGUUUGCGCCGCGGCUGGCACCUGUUGCUGCUUCCCCCCGAGGACACUGAUGUUCAGCAUCACGUCGCUCUUGAAGAAACACGAUCCAGCCACUUACGCGCCAGCCGUUGCUCUUCUGGAGAGAACCUUCUUCAAGGAGCUCGGGGCUUACUCGGAGUCAGACCUCUGCUCCACCUGUGAUCGACCAGCUACCUGUUCCUGGGACUUUCUGGAGAUGUACGCUGAAUUGUUGACUCCCGACGAGCCGAAACUUUGUUACGUUAUAAUAGCUCAUCUGCUGAAGAUAGGACCUACCUCCAGGUUUCAGGUCAGACGAGAGCUGCUAAGGAAAGUAUUCUAUCCUACCUUCCUGAAGGCUAAGUCUUGCUACGCGUCCGACAAAGACAACGCGACUGCGAAGUUCCUCGUUCAAUCCUGCCUCUCCGCUAUAUCCUGCUUGAUCGUGAACACGCAGAUAUGCGAGGGGUUCAUGGAGGCGGAUGGACUGAAGGAAGCACUGGUACUGCUACCAGACACCACCUUCACUAGAAGCGUGUACGCGCUUCUAGAAGUUACGGUGAUCAUCGAAAUUUGGAGAGCCAGUUCCACGGAACGCGAUUCCGUAGAGACUGCAGGGAAACCCGCGUUGAAAUCCCUGUUCGAGUCUCUCGAGAAGGAAACGAUAGAAUUACUCAAUGGUCUGGAGAGCUCGGAACGCGUCGAACAAACAAGCAGUCGGGAAGCCAGUGAGCAGAACGUUCAAGCGGGUGCUAGCAUCGUGAACGAUACUUUGGAGUUGGAACCAGAGACAGAGAGUUCUGCCAGCACGAUUUCGUAUUUUCCUGAAGUAUUCGACCGAUCGGACGUCACAGCCACUUCCGUGGAAGCUGAUAGUGAUGCAGAGACGAAUAAAAAGUUGAAUUUGUACCAAGCGAGCGCUGUUUGGAGGGCCGCCGCCGGGGUAGCGCUGAGCAGCCCGAAAUUUCGCGCUGAACUGUCUCUGCAUCCCCUGUCGGUGAAGUCCUUGCAACUUUUCAGAAAGCUCGCUGUGUGCAUUUCCACGGAUAGUAUUAUGGACACCAAUAAAUCAGCGCACAGGCUCUUCGAGGCUUUGCUCACGUGCUGCUUGACGUCCCCGUUGUGUGGCUGCGAUGUAGUGAUGGAGCUGGGAAAAACGCUGAUAGAGAUGGGCGUGCAGUUGCGCCGCGGACUGGCCGUGAUCGUGGAGGCCUUGCUGAAAGUUUCUUUGCUGAAGCCUGCUCAGGAGGAAACUGUGCCGCAGUAUACUCGACCUAGACUACCAACAGUGACGUUAGACGUGAUGCCAGACUGCGCCGCGGACGAUAGCAGCACAGGUGAAUACGUGACUGCCGACGACGGUUACGAGGCGGACGUUGAAGUACCCGGAAGAAGUCCCGGUGCUAACACAGUGAAGAGAAGCAACUCGCUGGGACCAGUGCUGGAACCCAGAGGCAACACGAACGCUCAUCCAGCGCUGUGUUCACUGGCAGUUGAUCUUUUAAUUCAUUUCAGUGAACAAGGUUUGGACGCAGAAAGGGGCGCUAUUAUCACAGCUGGUUUGAGGAAAGUCGCUGCUACCUGUAGAGAAAGUGCGUCGAGUUGCGCUGCUCUAGCGGGUUCCGGAGUGAUCACGAAAAUACUGAAUGGGUUUCGGGAUAUUUUCACUACUAAGGACCCUCAGUAUCAAGACUUGCAACACGCCGUUCUAGAAGUGUUCACAUUACUAGCGACGCAGUCAAUUUCGCCAUCGGAAUUAGUCACCUAUCUCUCGCUGUUCAAAGUCGACGAACCACCGCUUCUGUCGCUGCUGCAGUCGCUUUUCCAUCUGGCCCUAGCCGCGCGGCCUCAACCGAAUUUCAUCUUGUCGUUUCCUGUGGUGUCCGAAGCAAAUGUGUCGCCGAAAACGCAGUCUGAAGCGUACAAGAACUUGGAGAAGGCUGAGAAUCUUGUCAGGAACUUCCGGGAAAGACACCUUGCGUCAGGAAUAUGUAGCCCGUGGUCUGUCCACGCAACUUGUUUGCCAAUUGGUCCUGAACUCGCUUGGCCAGUUUGGUUGCACGGUUGUUCGGUGUCCAUGUGGCUGAGAGUUGAAAGGGGAUCAUCGGCAUCUGGGAAAGGGACAAUCAUCAGUACUUCACCGCUACUCGACUCGGAUAACGAGAGUUUAUCCGACUGGGGCAUUCUGUCUGACAACUGGAGUCGCGAAGACCAAUCGAUGUCUGAUAUGUUCUCGGGUACGUCAGUCAUAGCAGGUUCAGCUUCGCCACCUACGCCAACGUCCAUCAUACAUUUGAUGUCCAUUGGGUUCGAAUCUCUGGUUCUGGAAACGUGGCUGGAUCUCAAAUCAGAUAAGUUAAUCCUACGUUUGACACGGCCGGACGACAAAAUGAACCGCACUGUCUCCGAAACGUCGAUAACCGGUAUGCUUCCUUCCGGUCGGUGGCAUCACUUAGCCCUGAAUUUCAAGGACACCGUAUUAAACAAACGCAGCGCGGUAGUCGAAGUGUCCCUGUGGGUGGACGGUUGGAAGGAGAUCAGUGCGCAAUUGCCAUUCGACGGUCUGCUGGUGAGAAAACCAGGCACCACGUGUGUCCUGUUAGGGCAAAUCGGUUUCAGCAGCAUUGGAGCUUGGUAUCUUGGCAACUUGAUGGUGUUCAGGUGUCCGGUGUUUACUAAAGAGAGGGCCUUGUACCUAGCCAGCCUCGGACCUAAUUACACUAAUCUCGCUGAGUGUAUUCUAAACACGGAGAAGCCUGAUUUCGCACCGUUGAUCGCGUCCGGAGCGUUGGACGGUGUUCGAGAAAUACGAUUCGAGGGAGGAAAAUUCGACGCGAGCCGCAGGAAGUCGUACGGCGGGACAUAUUUGCGACACGCUGUCGAGACAAAAGUGUCCGACACUAAAAUCGACUGGGACGCCGUAAUGGACGCCACGAAUUCUCAUCUAGGGGAAUUGCAAAAUAACCUGCUGCUCAGCUACGAGGCGCAGAAUCCCAAUAUUGUCCACCUGUAUCCUCAAGCUAUCGCUAAUCCCGCGGCCGUGGUAAGAAAUCUGUUUCCGGGUCAACCAGGUUUUAGGGUUGUCUCCGCGCCGGAACACAGAGUGUCGCAACAGCCGCCGUUGUCCGUGGCUCCGAUCCUCUCCGUUCGGUUGGAAUGCCAACAGUACAGAGGAUUGGUUCCCGCGGCUACUUUAGUGGGAGGGGUGCCCAUAUUCCUGUACCUGUUCGCCAGAGUAGUCGAGUUGAACUCCACCGAAGAAGAGCAAGCUCUAGCGUUGUCGAUAGUGUUGCACCUGAUACGAAACGAUUCAGAGCUGUUGAAUCAGUAUCGGUCAGAAGGUGGAACGUCGCUGAUUCUACGCGUGCUAGAAUCGCCACGAUGCCGCGCAGGUAGACACAUACUGAAAGCAAUGUUAGACGCUGCAUGUGAUAGCUCGAUCCUAAUAAAAGAUAUCGGCAGCGGUAAUCACUUGGUCUCGCAAAACUGCGAGGCCGUCAUCACCGAUCCCGAACUGAUUAAAGGCGCUCUGACCGCGUGGAGAACGUGGGCUAAAUACGACGCGCUGAGCUUGCUGCUGCAAGCGAUGCUGCUGCUGCUCAGAGAUCAGCACUCGCAGCGCGAGUUCAACGCGUCGCAGUUGAACAGAGUUGAGAUCGUCGACACGAUCCUGACGCUGUGCAAGGAGCAUUUCCUGUACGAGGAACUGGGAGCUGUGAUCGACUCGUCAACUGGAACAGCGGUUGUCGAAUUGAUAAGAGCGCUGAUGGGUGCUCCACCUGAAUUUGCUCACCUGGUGGCUAUCACUGACUUCUUAGUCCUCGUUCAUCAAGCCUCAGAGACCUACAUCACUCAUUCGAGGCAUAACAUAUAUUUUUUACUGCCAUCUCUCGGGGAGAAGAAGAUAGUGAAAGUCAGCUCUACGGUGACCACCAGUUCUUCGGAGGAAUCCAUAGGAACCUUGGAAAACAGUAAAUUGAGCAAAGGCUUGACGAAUGCGCAGAUUCAAAAGAAUAAAAUGCCGAAGAGAAAGGAACGUCGGAACGGUCCGCCUCAGGAUACCAGCGCUGGAGAGGAUUCCGGGAUUGCUGCUAGCGACGGAUCUAAUCCUCUCAGCAAUGAAAAGCAGACUACAUGGACGGAUGAAAGAAGAGCGUGCCAAGGUUUGGUCUGCGAAGGUCUUUUGUUGCUACUCCGAGAUGCAGUUAGAGUUCUACCUGACAGUCAAGUAGGGUCGGUGCUUAAACAUGUUCUAAGGGCUGAGCUCUUACUUGUGCUGGCGAAUAAUCCGGACGCUAGAGUUCGCACAGCGUUAAUUAAGGUGGUACAAACGUACCUGCAACGUGCCAGCGAUGAAGAAGUCAACAAGUUCAUCAAGCAAAAGUAUUUCAUGCAUUUGGCUAAUCAGAUAGCGUUGUAUCCUGGAAGCGAACCUCUAGUGGUAGCUCUGGAAAAUUUAGCUUUAAGGGGACCGACGGUGGCUGCCAUGCCACCGUUGAUGGCUAUGAUCGCUAAAGCUGCUGGCACCGAACCAAAUGUAGCCAGGCCGAUAGUGUCGUUCAUCACUGAUAUAAUUGCGAAAAAUCCCAAUGCUUUGAGAAUGCUGUUGGAACAAGGCCUGAUCGAAUCGCUGAUUCAAGCAUUGGUCGGAGGGGCACAUAAGGGCGGAUUCACGUCCCUCUAUCGAGACAUCCAUGUUCUACUAGUCGCCAUCGCUACGAAGCUACUAGAAUCUCCAGGAAGUCAUCAGAUGCAGGCGAUUCUAGACUUACAUCUGAUUUUGAAUCACAUGGAACUGAAAGAGAAGACACAUUGCACGAAGAACAGAAGCUGCGUAUCAGUGGUGAGGGACGCACAAGUCGCCCUCUUCGACGGUGAACUGGAUGUACUGAUGGUUAAAGUCUGGAAUCAGUCGGGCUUUCGAUUGAGAAGCACGGCGUCGUAUCUAGCUUCAGCGUCUCACAUGACCUCAGUUUUUACAACGUCCAGCGACCAAAGCGACCACGGGUCUCGAUCGUCUAGUUUCACAAGCUUGUACGCGCCAACGAUGGCGACUUUGCGCGAGACAGGGAAAGGAGAAUUGUUGGAUCGACUCCGUAUCGUUCUGACCCGCGCGGUGGAGUUUAUAACGGCAGCCGACGAGUCUCCAUCUGGAAACGAGCUGCAACUGACCAAGAGAUUAUUCUCAAUCCUUCUGCACGGUCUCUGCAACCCGCUUGAGAAGAAGAACCACUGGAGCAGCGGCUGGUCAGCUAGACACGCGUUGCGGAAGUACACAGCGAAGAUAAUGGUCUGGCUUCUGGGGCCACACCAAAGCAACAACACGCGGAUAUUCGCGGUGCGAUCGCUGAUGGAAGAGCCGAAAGCCAGAGACAUACUGUCGUCUUUGCUGGAAGUUCAUCCUCAAGUGGAGCAAAAGUUCACCGUGUUCUUUUGGGACCUGUUGCAAAGGCGGGACGAGAUGCCCAGCGCUGACGCUAGGAUCUGCGCGGAGCUGAAGGAAGCAUUGAACAUCUGGGACCUAGCCAAAGGCAUAGAGCAAGCCAGUCCAGGAAUCUGGAACGAGGAGUUGGCUCUGUUAAGAAGGGAACUGAUGAGGGACCGUGACAUUUGGAUCGACAACAAUCUACCAGCAAUCCAGAGAAUCGCGAACAGGUUCGACGUAAUCGCGAAGCAACUGACGGAGAGCGCGAUGACCAUCACGCGGACGGUUGUCGAGGAACAGAAUCAAGAACGGAAAGUAUUAAUGGAAAGACUGAAACAUUCUAGAGCGAUGGAGGCUCAGGCGGUCGCCAAGUGGAGGGACCUGGCCAGACGUUUGACGCAUGAAAGAGCCGCCUGGCACUUUGAUACAAGCUACCCGAGAAGCUGGGAACUGGAUCCAACCGAGGGACCUGCUAGAGUCAGGAUCCGCCUGCAGAGGUGCCACCUGAACAUCGACAAGAGAUUCUUCAUGGCUGAUCACCAGGAUAAAUUGGAAGCCGCAAAAAUCGAGGCACCGUUGUCUUAUCUGUUCAUGACUGAUAGACAAGACGCGAACGCAUCAGCGUUGAUCGAGCGGCUGCAUACCAGUGAAAGGAUACGCAAAAUGUCCCAGGCGAAAGUAGUCACACCUAGAGCCGAACUGGCUGGCGAAGUGCUCAUCGGCGAGACCUGUCUUUAUUUUGUACCUGACAAUCCUGACAUCCCGUUGCACACCGACAUAGCUUUAGGAGGAUUGGAUCUGGCUAUGGUAGGCGGAACAGCAUGGCGUCUAGAAGACAUCCGAGAGUUGCACAGGAGGAGGUACCAGCUGCAGGAAAGAGCCAUCGAGAUAUUCUUGAUUACAGGAAGGACUUAUUUAUUAGCGUUCAACUCGUCCAAGCAACGAGACGAAUUCGUCACAGAAUUGUCCGCUUGCAAUCUACCAAGGCGGGUACCUGGUGAUGAUUUAAGCGAAGCCAUCAUGCUGUGGCGAAGCGGAGCUUUGACUAAUUGGGAGUACAUAACUUGCCUCAACAAAUUGGCUGGUCGUUCUUACAAUGACUUGAUGCAGUAUCCUGUCUUCCCGUUCGUGUUGGCGGAUUACACGAACGAGAAGAUUGAUCUGAACUCUCCUAAGAUUUAUCGGAACUUCAAGCGGCCCAUGGCUGUGCAGGAUAAGAAGAACGAGCAACAUUAUAUUAAUAAUUACAACUACUUGAAGCAAGCUUUGUCGGAAGGGUUGAAUUUGAUUGCGCUGAAUCAAGAACCGUUUCAUUAUGGAUCACAUUACAGUAAUUCUGGAACGGUGCUGCAUUUUUUGGUGCGACUGCCGCCUUUCACCAGCAUGUUCCUCUGUUAUCAAGAUGACAACUUCGACAUUCCUGACAGAACGUUUCAUGCGCUGGCUACUACCUGGAGACUAACCAGUUGCGACUCCACGACUGAUGUGAAGGAAUUGAUCCCGGAAUUUUUCUAUUUGCCGGAAUUUUUGUUGAACUCUGAAGGAUUCAAUUUCGGUGUGCGACAGAAUGGGAAUAGAGUCGGGGAUGUCGAAUUGCCAAAAUGGUGCGGCGGCGACGCGAGGCUUUUUGUGCUUGCUCAUAGGGCAGCUUUAGAAGCGGAUAUUGUCAGAGAAGUUUUGCCCUAUUGGAUUGAUCUGGUGUUUGGAUUCAGGCAGACAGGAAGACCGGCUGUGGAAGCAAUAAAUGUUUUUCAUCCUGCGACCUAUUAUGGAUUUAAUGUGGAUCAAAUAUCAGACCCCUUGGAACGUCAGGCUUGGGAAACUAUGGUGCGAACUUAUGGUCAAACACCGGCGCAAUUGUUCAAAGUUGCACAUCCGUUACCAUUACAAAAUGUUGGAAGUUCUAUUUCACAUACGUCGUUGCCUCAAGUAAUCGAUGGUGUAGAAGGCAUAAAAUGGGGAAAUUACGUUGGUGCACCCGGAAACGAGCCAGUCUUAUGCUGGAAACAUAAGCACAGAGCACCGUUAGGCAGCUUGGUUCCCCUGAUGACAGGGGAUGUUUUUGGAUUGCCUAAUUAUACCACCCUUCUGCUUGGUUAUACGAAAGAGAAAGGUGCAAGUAUGUUAAGCGGAACAUCCGUACUGGGUGCUGCUUUGGUGUCCUGGAGUGGUACAGAUGGAAUUACAAGACUGAAAUGUAAAAAGGAACAACCACCGAGGCCACUGAUGAAAUCUUCGGGAUUGGAUCCUAUUACUAUUUUGGGAUCUGCACCAGAUUGUGGACAGCUAUGGGCAGGUCACCUAUCAGGCAGAGUCACUGUACAUACUUACACCGUUGUGCCAAGUAAAAUUGAUUUCAGUUCAGUCCCAGCUUGCGUGCUGUUAGCUCACAGGAGUAGAAUAACUACGAUAUCUAUUUCACGGGCAUUUAGUAUAGCUGUUACCGGUGAUACAAGUGGGGUUAUUGUUAUAUGGGACUUGAAUAGUUUAACGUAUGUCAGAUCGGUAUCCUGCGAGGCACAGUAUCCUAUUCGAUUGCUAUCGAUUAGCGAAACACUCGGAGAUAUUGCCGUCACUUACGAAACCACUAAGACGGUGGAGAAUGCGUCUUCCAGUCAGUCAGAACUGAAAGUAUUUACUAUAAAUGCGAGAGCGGUCGGUUCCGUUUUGUCUAGGAACAAAAUAACAGCUCUUUGCUACAGUAAUGCGCCUGAAGGAGUUUCCGUAAAUGUUAUCGCGACAGGAUUAGAUAACGGAGUGAUACGAUUAUGGAGCAGUUGGGACUUGAGGCUAGUUAGAGAGAUUGUAAAUGGCAUCAGAGGUUGUGGUGCAGUGAUCGCAAUAUCGUGGGCAUUAGAUCAGCAUCAUUUGUACGCGGUCACCGAAGACUUCACUGUUCUCAUAUGGGAAGGGUCUAAGCGUCUAAGCAACGGCACUCCAAAGUUCGUGAACUUAACGUCCCUCUAAUGUAAAUAAAUGAAACCAGAAUGCCUUUUAAAUUCAUCAACGCAACGAACAAUUUAUUUUGUAUAGCAUCGAACAUUCGUUUCUAUUUUAUCGAUAUUUUAUUGAAGAGAAACACUCGAGUCAUGCAAUCAUCACACCACAUCGACAUCGUAUUCGCAUUUUUAUAAAAAUAAUAUCGCUCGAAUUCGUUUCUCAUUCCUUAAAGAAACUGUUUUGCACCACAAUUCCAUCUACAGAACAAAAAAAAGGACAAAGUUAAAGUAUUAUUUUAUUGAAAUCUUUAUUAUAAUUACGUUUUUGUUACACUUUUAAUAGUACUCUUGCAAUAUUUUUGUGCUCUGUUGUAUUAAAGCAUAUAAUGCACUUACAUAGGAGGUAUGAGUUAUGUUAUUAAUAUAUUUAUAAAUAGGACAAUAGUACAUUGUAGAUACGCUUACAUCAAACUGUUACUUUCAUACAUUUUUUAUGUUCAUAACAUUGUAAUGUUUGUAUAUAAGGAUAUUAAGUAUAUUCAUAAA